UUGUAUCGGGGCGCGGAGGGGAGCGGAAAGCAGCGCACGGCGUGUCAUAUAGGGGCACAUGAGGUAUAGGAGCACCUAUAAGUGUAUGCAGAGGGAGAGUAGAGAUACCUAUAGGGGUGAACAGGCAGGCGCAAGGGGAGCACGUAGGAAUAUAUAGGGCUCUGCGCAGGUGUGUAGGGGUAUAUAAGUGUAUGCAUGCAGGUAUAGGCGCGCUCACGCACGUCUGUAUGUCCAGGUGCGUAUGUGUGGCGCACGUGGGGCCACCUAUGGGCCCUGUAUAUAGGUAUGGCACCUAUAGGUGCCCCCAGCGAUGCGCCGUGGGGCAACACCUGCGACCUGCACAUCACCGCCGCCGAGACCGCCCCGCUCGUGACGCGUGUGGCAGCACCGGUAGGACCCAGCCGGGGCAGGACGAGGCGGGAGGGAGUGGGGGGUGUUAAUUAAUUAAUGAGGCGCGGCCUAAUUAAGAAGGGUUUGGCAUGCGGGUGACGCCGUGCCAGGCCGCCUUGGCCGCCACCAUCGCCCUCAACCUCCUCCUCCUCUACUGCGCUUGGCGGGGGCCGGGGGGGCCCCCCCCUUCUUGCCGCCCGCCCCGCGGCGUCCCCGGCGUCACCGUCCUCCUCCGGGAUUUCGAAGAUUUCGAGAACGAUUUGGCGGCGACGGCGCGAGCCUUCGCCGCUUUACCCGUCCCGGUGCUGGUCGUCGCCGAAACGCCGCCGUACCCCCCGGUGCCGCUCCCGCCGGGGGUCCGCCUCCUCCCCUUACUGCCCUCGCCCGACCGCCCGCCGCCGCGCCCCGAACUCCACGUCCGCACCCGCCACGUGGCUUUGGUCCCCGACGGCACCCGUCCCCUCCCCGGUUUGCUGGAACGGAUGCGCGACGCUUUGGAGGCGGGCGCGGGGGACGCGCGGGUGGUGGCGGCGCCGGUGGGGCCCGGCCCGUUGCGCUGCCUGGAGCUCCGGCUGGAACCCCGGACCUGGACGGCGCGUUACGGCCCCGCCGCGCCGGGGGCUUGCCGGGCGGCGGAGGGCACGCCGGUGCUGCUCCUCCGCACGCGCGACCUCUUCGCUCUCCCUUUCCCUUUGGCGCGACCGCUGCCCACCGCCAUCUUCAGCCAAGCGGCUUUGCGGGGCUGGGGGCUCCGGGUGCUCCCGGCGGCUUUCCCGGCGCCGCGCCGCCCUCCCCUUUCCCCCCACGGGCGGUGGAAGGCGGAAAAUCUGGCGGACGGCCGGCGCCGGCGCUUGAUGCGCGACCUCGGGGUCAAACGGGAGGUGCUGGCCGACGGGCGGGAGCGCUGGUACGGCUGCGGGAAGGAGACGGCGCGGUGUUUCGGCACGGUGUACGCCCGUACCCCUCAGUACCUCCUCGCCGGGAGGUGGACCCCCCCGUGCUGCCUACGGGCGCUGCGGGAAACCGCCCGGCACGUAACCGGGGUGCUGGAGGCCGCCGGGGUACGGUACUGGUUAGAAGGAGGGUCCCUACUGGGGGCCGUCCGCCUCGGCGACAUCAUCCCUUGGGAUUACGACGUGGAUUUGGGAAUUUACCGCGAGGACGUGGCGAAAUGCCGGUGGCUGGCGGCAGCGGCGGCAGGCGACCCAGUGGAGGACGCCGAGGGUUUCCUUUGGGAGAAGGCGGCCGAGGGAGAUUUUUACCGCGUCCACUACAGCCGGAGCAACCGGUUACACGUGGACCUGUGGCCCUUCUACCCUCGCGGGGGGGUCAUGACCAAGGACACGUGGUUGGGGCACCCCCAAGACGUGGAGUUCCCCGAAAGUUUCCUCCAGCCCCGGGUGCCGCUGCCUUUCGCCGGCUUCACCGCCAUGGCGCCCAACAACGCCCGCGCCUUCCUUGAGCUCAAAUUCGGGCCGGGAGCCAUCGAGAACCCCGAGUAUCCCAACCCUGCCGUCAAGCGCCUGGGACAGGACUGAACUUGGGGACACACACACACACACACACACCCCUCCCACCCUCUGUGACAAUAAACCCUCCGGUGACACCC